CUGUGUCUGGCUGUCCCUGGGAAAACUGUGAGGUGGUGCACCAUCUCAGAUCAUGAGGCCAGUAAGUGCUCCAGUUUCAGUGACAAUAUGAAAAGAGUCCUUCCAGCGGAUGGUCCUCACAUCACCUGUGUGAAGAGAACCUCUCACCUCGAAUGUAUCAAGGCCAUUAUGGCAAACGAAGCAGAUGCUGUGACCCUCGAAGCAGGUUUUGUGCUUGAAGCGGGGCUGCCCCCCUUCAACCUGAAGCCUGUCGUGGCAGAAUUCCAUGGAUCAAAAAUUGAUCCACACACCUCCCAUUAUGCUGUGGCCGUGGUGGAGAAGGGCAGUGACUUCCAGCUGAAACAGCUCCAAGGCAAGAGGUCCUGCCACACGGGCCUAGGAUGGUCGGCUGGGUGGUACAUCCCCAUGGGGAUACUUCUUCCUUCUGACUCUGUUGAAGAAGCCGCAGCAGAAAUGGCCCAGUUCUUCUCCGGCAGCUGUGUCCCCUGUGCGAACAGGGAGGUGUUCCCCAAGCUGUGCCAACUGUGUGCAGGGAAAGGGACAAACAAGUGUGCCUGCUCCUUCCAGGAACCAUACUUCGGCUACGCAGGCGCCUUCAAGUGUCUGCAGGAUGGUGUAGGGGAUGUGGCCUUCGUGAGGCAUAUGACAGUGUUUGAGAACCUGGCAAACAGGACUGACCGUGAGCGGUAUGAGUUGCUCUGCCUGGACAACAGCCGGAUGCCUGUGGAUAAAUACAGGGAGUGCAACCUGGGCCUUUUCCCUUCUCAUGCUGUCGUGGCUCGAAACGUGGGGGGCAAAGACGACUUGAUCUGGGAGGUUCUCAACCAGGCCCAGGAACAUUUUGGAAAAGACAAGUCGACAGAAUUCCAGCUCUUUGCCUCUCCUCAUGGGAAGGACUUGCUGUUUACAGAUGAUACCCGUGGGUUUUUAAGAGUGCCUCCUAAGAUGGACGCCAAGCUAUACGUGGGAUACGAAUAUUUUGCUGCCAUUCAGCGUCAUAGGAUAGGUAUGGAAGACACCCAGAGGGUGCUAUGGUGUUCAGUGGGCCACCAUGAGAGGGUCAAGUGUGAUGAGUGGAGUGUCCUAAGCGGUGGUGCCUUACAGUGCACCAUAGAGGAGACCACUGAGGACUGCAUCGCCGCCAUCGCAAAAGGAGAGGCUGAUGCCAUGACUUUGGAUGGAGGCUUCAUCUACACAGCGGGCCAUUGUGGUCUGGUACCUGUCCUGGCAGAGAACUACAUGCCUACGGAUGGGUCUACGUGUGUAAAUACACCCGUGGUAGGUCACUACGUCGUGGCAGUGGUUAAGAAAUCAGAUCCCUACAUCACUUGGGGCUCUCUGCAAGGCAGGAGGUCCUGCCACCCCGCAGUUGGUACUUCUGCAGGCUGGAUCAUCCCCAUGGGUUUGAUAUACAACAAAACCAGGUCCUGUAAAUUUGAUGAAUUCUUCAGUCAAAGCUGUGCCCCUGGGUCUGACCCAGAUUCCAGUCUCUGCGCUCUGUGCAGUGGUGGCAGCAGCCCAGCCCACACCUGUGCCCCCAACCACCACGAGAGAUACUAUGGCUUCAGCGGGGCAUUCAGGUGUCUGGUUGAAAAGGGAGACGUGGCCUUUGUGAAGGAGAUCACAGUCUUCCAGAACACUGACGGAAAGAACCCUGAAGCAUGGGCUAAAGAUCUGAAGCUGGAUGACUUUGAGCUGCUGUGCCUUGAUGGUACCAGGAAGCCUAUGACUGAAGCUUGGAGGUGCCACCUGGCCAUAGUCCCAAAUCAUGCUGUGGUCUCAAGGAAAGAUAAGGCAGCUUUUGUUCGCAGAAUGCUCUUCAAUCAACAGGAGCUCUUUGGAAGAGGUGGGUUUGAAUACAGGAUGUUCCAGAUGUUUCAGUCCUCAACUAAGGACCUGCUGUUCAGCGAUGACACGGCAUGUUUGGCUAACCUUCAGGAUAAAACAACUUACCGAAAGUACUUAGGACCAGAGUAUCUUACGGCCAUUGCUAACAUGGGACAAUGCUUACACUCUGAACUUCAAGAUGCCUGUACAUUCCAUGUACAUUAAAAACUGAUCAAAGUGGGCAACCACAGAUACUCAGUGCCUGCAAAUAUGGUGGGGACACAUCCUCACUUGUCUGCAUGUGGGCCUCUGUUAACCUCAGUUGUUUUAUAUAAUUAUGUGCUGUAACUGAUACAAAAAUUAAAAUGAAUAAAAAUUAUUGUGUCUUCUCAGAAAACUUCGUUA